AUGAAUUUCCGAGAGGUGCUGAAACGUAGGUUACGAAUUCUCAACCGAGAAGCCAUGGAUCGGGAACGCUCGAUCGAUGUGUUCAACGAGGCGAUACUUUAUCUGCGUAAAUUUCUCAAACCUGUUGGAAUGGAUCUGUUGGAUGAACAAUAUCACUGGAACUGGCGAACUACGCUCUGCGCAGGAUGUAUAGGGACAUAUUUUACAUUUUUGUUGUACACAAUUUACGUCAACUGGGGCCAGUGGAUUCUGGUGUUGGAGUCAUGUACCAUGACGGGUAUGGCUUGCCAAGGCAUUGUUAAAAUGCACAAUGGAUUGAAGUAUAUGGGAUUCUUCAACGAUGUCCACGACAGACUGAAAGCUAUGCACGAACGCAAUUCGAAACACAAGGAAAACAAUCGGGUUCUGGUGUUUAAUGGUUUGCUUAUACAAUUCAUUUUAAGAUUUUUUUCCCUCGUUUUUAUGUUCGCGGGGUUGAGUUUCUUCAUGUUGUCUCUAUACCAGUAUGUGCGAUACAACGAGCUGGUAAUGGCAGUGAGAAUUCAAGUUCCUGGAAUCGAUCCUACCAAUGAGUUUGGGUUUGUGGUCACGACCAUCUAUCACGUGCUUUUGGUAUCUACCGGAAUCGCAGGAAUUCUCGCUGCAGAUAUGGCUAUGAUGAUGAUAGUAUUACACAUUCUGGGUAUUGCAGAUGUAUACAAAAAUGCCUUAAAAGAACUAGAUCAGUUACUAGAAGCAGAAGAACGUGACGAGCAGAUGAUUCACAGGAAACUGCUGGAAAUUUGUGUUAUGCAUCAAGAGUUGAUAUCAUAUGAAGAAGGCUUGGAUUCUACGUACGGUACAAUUGUUUUCGUUCAGGUGAUAUCAUCGGUUGCAUGUCUCGUACUAUCACUGUUCAUAACUUACAUGACAAGAAAUAUCGGCAUUGCCUUUUUUCUUGUUGCUGCUGUAUUCCAAUUGUUCGAAUUUUGUCUUCUCGGUACAACACUCACGGUCAAAAAUGAUCAUAUAGAGUUGGCUAUUUACGAUACCUGUUGGUAUAAGCUUUGUACCGAAGAACAAAAAAUGAUGAGUCUCGUGUUAUUUCGAUCGCAAAAUGCCGUGGAGAUGACGAUUGGUGGCGUGGCUUUACUGAAUAUGGAAACGUUCGUGGAGAUAAUGAAAACAAUUUAUUCCUCGUUCGCAAUGAUGGUGCAGGUUUUGGAGUAA